AUGGAAACGUUUAAGAAAACAUAUUAUUUAGGAGGUCCCCCAAAAUCAUCGCAUGAUGAAAAAGCAGAAGAAAAGAGAAAACAAUAUAAAGUUAAAGAAAUGAAAACACAAACGACAACCGCGACAACAGCAACAGCGACAGCAACGUCGUUACAAGAAAAAAAAUUAAUGCAAGCUAAACAAUUAUUGGCACAUUUAAAAUGCGUUAGUAAAAUGAGAAAAAUUACGUCAUCGGAUGUACAAAAUUUCGAGUGUUUAAAAUCUCGGAAAACCGGAAGGGAAAAACGAGAAUCGAAAGGGUUCGAUAAAAAAUUUAAUUCAUUUCAACAAUACGUCACAACUCUAUGA